UCAAUGAUCAGUCUCACUGAGUCGUGCGGGCCCAAAAUGGUCAUGAGUUUGCUCUUCGUGGUCGUCUUGGGACUGGCUAUCAGCAGCCCUGCUAAUGCAGCCCCAUUUUCUUCUAGGCGGAAUUCUGGAUCAACACGGAACAAACUGCUGCUCAUCUCUUUCGAUGGUUUCCGUUGGGAUUACGAUCAAGACGUGGAUACUCCCAAUCUGGAUAAAAUGGCCAAGGAUGGUGUGAAAGCGCAUUAUGUCACGCCACCCUUUCUUACCAUCACCAGCCCUACACACUUCACCCUGCUUACAGGACGUUAUAUCGAGAAUCAUGGAGUUAUCCAUAACAUGUGGUUCAACACGACGACUCAGGAGAAGAAGCAGUACUACAUGACGCAGUUUGUUGAUUCCUACUGGGACAACGGCAGCUUACCCAUUUGGAUAACAGCACAGAGACAGGGACGAAAAGCGGGCUCACUACAUUUUCCUGGCACAGCUGCGACCUACAAAGAAGAAACCGUGAGGGUAAAACAAGUGGAACCUCGUUUCUACGACCAUUCUAACGAGACCGAUUGGAGGCAAAACAUUGACAAAGUGAUCGGAGAGUGGUUCCACCGACAGGACUUGGAUUUUGUAUCCUUGUACUUUGGGGAACCGGACAAGGUUGGGCACAAAUACGGUCCAGAUUCCCCAGAGCGCCGGGAGAUGGUCCAGCAAGUAGAUCGAACCGUCGGCUACAUCCGGGACGAGAUUUAUUACCACGGUUUGACCGAUCGACUCAACAUCAUCAUCACCGCGGACCACGGGAUGACGACAGUAUUUCGGGGCGAACCGGUCCAGGAGAUUAUACUGUCGAAGAUCCCGGGCUUCAGCUUUUGGGAUGUCAAAUUCCAUCUGGUUGACUACGGCCCUACUGGAAUGCUGCUUCCUAAAGAAGGAAAGCUGGAGAAGGUCUACCAGGCGCUGAAGGGAGCCCACCCUCGUCUUCACGUGUAUAAGAAAGAGGAAAUGCCGGAAAGACUACAUUAUGGCAACCACCCUCGACUUCUUCCCAUAAUCCUCUUCGCCGAUCCGGGUUACGUGAUCAAUGGGCUGUUUCCUGUGCAGUUUCACAAAGGAGAGCACGGUUUCGACAAUCAAGUUUUGGACAUGAAGCCUUUCUUUCGGGCGGUGGGGCCUGACUUCCAACAAAACUUGGUGGUAGGGCCCUUUGAAACAGUCAAUGUGUACCCACUGAUGUGUCAUUUACUUGGGAUAGAUCCCGAGGUCAAUGACGGGCACCUUGACAUCACUAAGCACAUGCUGAGAAACACAGGAGGAGAAAACAAAAGUCAAGAACCCAACACUUGGUCACAAAUUACUGUUAGCUUAUCAGCAGUGACUGGAUUUCUGGUCUUGGUGUUUAUCGCGGCGACUUCCCACACCUUGUAUAAGAGGAACUCAGCAAAAAAGAGUUCCAAAGAGAGCUCCCCUGCUGAUGAAGAGGAAAACGAAAAGCAAACCAGUUUUUAAGUGUUUUCCUUGAUUGCAUCCUUGAAUUUUAUUUCAUUGAUUCACAAGGUUUCUAAAGAGGUUUUUAAUGAACCACCGGAGGUUAACUGUGCAUAGCAGAUUUGUUUGCUGACAAGGUUUUGUAUAUAUUUGAUUUUGGUCUUGAUUUAGCGAGCGUGAUGACUCGUCAGCAAUAGUUAAAUAGCACAACACUUAUCUUGUAGUGUCUGACUUCGAUAAGCCUUAUCAAAUGCAUAAAAAAGCACUUCUAUACCUUUGUUGAGAUGACAAAGUUCAGUCUGUAUUGAAAUCACGUGUGAUUUAUUAUAUUGACCAUAGUGCCUUUUUUUUUUUUUUAUAAGACCAUGAAAUCUCUAUCAUCCCCAACAUAUGCACUCACUGACACCUCUUUCUGUGCACAGAAGAGAAUGUGGUUCUUAAUAUUAGUGUAGACCCCUUCCAAGGCCAAACCCGCCUAGGCGGGGUACAGGGUACAGCGGUAUGAAAAAGUAU